AUGUAUUCAUUUUUCGGCCGGACGUACAAUAAUCUGUCGGCGCUGGGCGAGUGUAAAAACAAUGGCCAGUGUGUCAUCAACAAGAAAAACAGGACCUCAUGUAAGAGUUGUCGCCUCAAGAAGUGUCUGGUGGUCGGGAUGUCCAAAAGCGGCUCUCGCUAUGGCCGGCGAUCCAAUUGGUUUAAAAUCCAUUGCCUGAUCCAAGACCAGCAGGAGAUGACGAACCGGCUGCAAGAGCAGGGAGUCCUCGCCAAUGGGGGACAGUUGGGUCCGUUGGGCCCGUUGGGCCACGCGUUCAACGAAAACAAGGAUCUCUUAUCGCAGUACAAGAGCGACGCGUUCCGGGAGACGUCGAGCGCGUCGUCCGCCCAUCGCGUGUCCCCCCGCGCGACCGCCUCUCCCGGCUCGAGCGACGGCUCGGUAGGCGGCGCCCUCUCAUCGCCCUACCCCUCCCUAUUCGACCCGACGCCCAAAGGGAACGGCUUCGCCGCCCGGUACGGCUCCACCAGUCCCUCAUACAUAGACUCCCGCAAAGAAGUCAGUAAUCACUUGCGUUUCCACGCGUCGGGUCUGCCGCUGUCGCCGGUGAGCCCGCUGUCGCCCCUGUCGGCCGCCACCGCCGCCCGCUUCCUAUUCCACAACUCGAACGCCGGCGCCCUCUUCGGCAAAGCCGUGAACGGUCUGCACGCCAUUCACGGCAUGUCUAAGCUGUACGGCAACGGAGACCUGAAUUUCGCCGCAUAUCAGUCGAGUUUGUUGCCGAUCCACGCGCUGCAGCCGGUGCUCAAAGCCAGCGGCAAAGAGCCCGACAUCAACCAAAACAUAGGCGAGUGCUAUGCGGAUGUGCCCGAACAGGACCGGCCCAUCGAUCUCUCCGUGAAAGGCGGGCCCGCGUUGAGCGAGCACUCACUCAAAGCGCUGUCCAAGUCGUCGAAACACUCGAUCGGCGAUCACGACUCCGGGUUUUCGCCGUCCAGUAAUGAGGACAACACUCACGUGAAUACAUCGCCGCUCGACCUGACCAGCAAACGGACGCCCGACCCACCGAUAGAUAAGCCAAAUGAGGACCACUCGGACAGCGAUAAUGACGACGAGGAGCACAUGGAGUCCAGUGAAGAUAAAUGACAGGAGAAGACACUUCGUGUGAUACUAUGAACGCAUAGUACCCGGCGCUCAACUCGACAUAUAUUUCCAUUUUUACAAGAGAUGUAUUGUAUUAUAGAAUAUAUUCAUUCAUUUGGUUAUGUUUGUGGUGUUGACUACCGUUAGCCGUUAAACAGAAGUGCAUUUCCCCUCCGAAAAAGCCUUAAUUGAAUUGAAUUUAUAUUGACUUCGGCUGUGAUUAAAAGUGUGCCUCUAUUUUGUAUAGAAUAUCAUUUAUAUAGAAAAAACCGUAGGAAAUAGACUUUUAAUAUAAAACACAAAACACAUUUACUACCUAUUUUUAUUAUAAAUAUGCAUUUAAGCCCUGUUGUUGUAAAGGUGUCCAGAAAACCAAUCGACAGUAUUAUUGCAAAUUAAUAAUCGUAUACAUCAUGUGGUCGUCAUAUCUCUGUUGCUUUUAGGCCAUCAAACUCUACCAUUCAAUUCAAUUAUCAAAGUUAUAUAAAGUUUUGGACAGACAGCCCAUUUGCAAACUAUCCAUAAGUGUGAGCCCUAUCUUACACUGGAUUCACUGUAUUUUAGUGUCACUAGUAUUCUGCAUAAACUUCUUUAACAUAAGAUAUUGUUUUAUAGUUUCGUAAAAAACAGAUGUGUAUUAAUAUAUGAAUUAAUUAUUUGAGUAACAAAGAGCCAAUUUAAUGUUAAUCAGAUAUUAAUAAUGUUCUGGGAC